UCCAUCUCUCUUCCUCCUCUGUUCUUCCCCAAGUCAAACUCUCACCUUUCUUCCUCAGAGCUCUGCAAUAAUGGCACCAGGCACCGCUCAGAUCUCUCUCUACCUUCUCCUCCUAAUCCUUUUCUCAAAAACCGAUCUAACUCUAUCCCUCAGAUACCUCAAACCCAAUCCUGACGGUCCAUCCAACACCUCCGUAUCAAUCGCAGACGUCCACGACCUCCUCCCCAAGUACGGCCUCCCAAAGGGUCUCUUACCCGACAACGUAGAAUCCUACACUCUCGCAGAAGAUGGAAGCUUCGAGAUCUUCCUCGGAAGCCCGUGUUACGUGCACUUUGAUCAGUUGGUUUACUACAACAAGCAUAUUAAAGGGAAGCUGAGUUAUGGGGCAGUUUCUGAUGUGUCUGGGAUUCAAGCCAAGAAGCUUUUUAUUUGGGUUUCUGUUACCGGGAUUCACCGUGACAAAGGAUCGGAUUCCGUUGAGUUUUACGUUGGUGCCUUGUCGGAGAAGCUGCCGGCGAAACAGUUUGAAGAUAUUCCUGAUUGUAAGAACAAGGCUUGCCAUGGUGUCGGAAGUGGUUCUGUUGAGUCAAUCUGAGGUAGAAAAAGUACAAUGCAAUCACUGCAUGGAAGAAGGAAACCAUCUGCAGAUCUUUCCCUCGAUCUCAUGCAGUCAUCUGUAUGCUUGAACAAAGUGGCCAGUAGAAGCAAAUAAAUGUGCAUAUGAAUUCUUCUUAGUAGAGAGAGAGCGCGCGAGAGAGGGGUUAUUCUUGUGUAAACCUUGUGAUUAAUGAGUAUAUAUAUAAAUUUCAUGCUUGUCAAUAAAUUAUUUGGUGGA